AAGAUUCUUUCUUUAUUUCAAAUGGUUUGAUGGUCAUCCUACUUAUAAUAUAUACUUAGAAAAUGUUGUAAUAGGGCUUGUUUUCACUUGGUUCCUUAAAAAGUUGUCUCCUGUCUACAAUUACCCAUUCAGAUCUAACUUUGUUUUAUAAUUAUAUGUGUAUAUAUUUACUUCUCACUCUAGUAGAAUACCAAAGAGCUAUAGAAGAUGCAGAAAUUAUUUGCAUUGAGGUCCUUAAGUUCUGCCAUAGCCAAAAACUUCAGAUCCCAACAACAUCAACUAGCUGCUUUUUCUACUUCUUCACUAUUGGAUGAUACUCAAAAACAGUUUAAAGAAAGUGUAGAAAAGUUUGCUCAAGAGAAUAUAGCCCCUUUUGCUGAAAAAAUAGACAGAACAAACAGUUUCCCACAGGAGGUUAACUUAUGGAAAUUGAUGGGGGACUUUAAUUUGCAUGGGAUUACAGCGCCAGAGGAAUAUGGUGGUCUGAAUCUUGGUUAUUUAUAUCACUGCAUUGCAAUGGAGGAAAUUGGUCGAGCAUCUGCUGCUGUUGGUCUUUCUUAUGGUUGCCACUCCAACGUUUGCAUUAACCAAUUGGUGAGACAUGGAACCCCAGAGCAGAAGCAAAAAUAUUUGCCAAAGCUUAUAAGCGGGGAUCACAUUGGGGCUCUAUCCAUGAGUGAACCAAAUGCUGGAUCAGAUGUUGUUGGCAUGCAGUGUCGAGCAGAUCGUGUGGAUGGUGGCUAUGUUUUAAAUGGGAAUAAAAUGUGGUGCACCAAUGGCCCUAUUGCUAACACUUUGGUUGUUUAUGCAAAAACGGAUACGACUGCUGGUUCUAAAGGAAUUACAGCAUUUAUCGUCGAGAAAGAAAUGCCAGGGUAUGUACAUUUCACUUAUAAAAUUUAAAUUCUGAAUUCGUGCGUUAAUUUUGUACUAAUACAUGAUUGCUUUGUUCCUAAAGAAAAUGUUCUAGGCCACGAAGGAAAAGGAGUGUAUGUACUGAUGUCUGGACUAGAUUUGGAACGAAUUGUUUUUUCAUCAGCACCUAUUGGAAUAAUGCAAGCAUGUAUGGAUGUUGUUAUACCUUACGUUAGACAAAGGGAGCAAUUUGGAAAGCCGAUUGGCGAAUAUCAAUUUAUACAAGGAAAACUUGCUGAUAUGUACACUUCUUUACAAUCUUCAAGAUCCUAUAUGUAUGCUGUUGCAAAGGAUUGUGACAAUGGAAAUAUUGAUCCAAAGGAUUGUUCUGGGGCCAUACUAGUUGCAGCUGAAAGAGCCACUCAAGUAGCUCUUCAGGCAAUUCAGUGUCUUGGUGCAAAUGGAUAUGUAAAUGAGUACCCAACAGGACGUCUACUGAGAGAUGCUAAAUUGUAUGAGAUUGGAGCAGGAACUAGUGAAAUUAGAAGACUUAUAAUUGGGCGUGAACUCUUUAAACAGCAAUAAUCCAAGAUUUGAAUUAAAUGAUUUAAUUCCUUCUUGAAUUCUACCAUUUUAAUAAAAAAAUUAAAAAAAGUCUUCAUUUCUCCUGUAUUGGGAGUUCCAUUUGAAUAAUCCUUAUUUGCUUUAUUCUUGUUAUUACAGUUGAAAAAAAUGUUAUUUCCAGGACUUUAUAUGC